AUGGUUGAGCAACCUACCAUCCAAUCCGCAGACACAGAUGGCAACGGACCAGCGAAACGUCGACGAAGACCAGCACUAUCAUGCGUGGAAUGUCGCAUGCGCAAGGUGAAAUGCGACCGAGGAAAACCUUGUGGUGCAUGCACUAGGAUCAAAUCAGCGACAUGCACGUUUAGACCUCCACGUCCGGGGAUUCGGUCAGAAGCCCAAAGGUCACCCGAGGAUGGUGCCUCCACAGGUCACAGCAACGACCACGACCAAAAUCCGGCUCGCUCUUCUCCUGAGGCGCCUGAGCUUCCCAGUCAGUUUGACGCAAUCGUCAAUCGUUAUGUGGCACCCGGGCUUCUUGGAGAAUGCGACGGCCAGCCGAAGCCUCUGCCCUCCAAUAGACCGGCUUUUAGCUUGAACUCGCACUCGGACUCUGCACAAGCUUCUAUCAUCAACAGCUUGUUGGAUAGGAUUCAAGGUCUGGAAGAACGACUGGCAAGCGCUACUCUGAACGAUGACCCAAGGACUAGUACGUCGCUGGGACGGGAAAGCGCAAGUGACACAAGCGCCCAGUUUGUAAAGGCAAAGUACUAUGGUCAGAGUCAUUGGAUGAACGCUAUCGAUCCCUAUGACGCUCUCGGCGACACAAACACUACAACGAACCACAAUACGAACAGGAAAGAGGUGAACAAAUCGACUGAGCUAUAUGCUACUGUCUCAGAGGUCAAGCGAAUGGCUCGCAUCAUCAAGGCCUCUCGCAUGUCACAGCCGUCCAUUUCACCAGAACUGCAGGCAUGCAUCCCCCCGAAAGAAAUCAGCGACGCACUGGUCGACUGCUAUCUCCGUACAUUCGAAGGUGUGUUUCGCGUACUACAUGUGCCUUCCUUCAGAAAAGUCUACGAUGCGUACUGGCUCGGCACCACGCCUGCAAAGCCGUCCAUUAUUCACAAGUUUCUGCUGAUCAGUGUCUAUCAUGGCGAGAUGCGACGCAGACUCUGGGCAACUGUUCUGGAAAUCACUGCCCAAAGCAGCUUAGACAUGGGCAUGCCGCCUAUGAUCUCGGUGAACGACUACGAUACGAAGCCACCCUCCAACAUCAACGACGAAGAUAUGGGAAACGGCAUAGACACCCCACUCGAUGUGAAGCCAGCAACCGUAUUCACGGACAGCAGCAUACAGAUUGCUUUUACACAGACCCUUCCCACACGCCUUGAGAUCAUUAGGGUAAUCAACAACCUGCGCUUCGAUCUAUCAUACGACGACGUAUUGCGUAUCGGCACCAAGCUCAUCAGCGUCUGUCGCGAGAAAAUGAUCUUCUUCAAAUCAGCAUUAGCAGCAGGACAAAACAUCACGCCGUUCCAGAUCAAGAUGUCCGAUACCCUAGUCCGACGCUUCGUCCUCUGCCUCCACCGCCCCUACUUCUCCAAAGCAAGCGAGAACCCACGCUAUCAUUACUCCCGGAAGAUAUGUCUCGACACAUCACUAGCGAUCUACGCGCCAGCAACUGAACUGGGACCAGGAGAAGAGGACGACUGGACGCGCAUGACGCAUCGAUGCGUGGGGUUCUUUAAGUCGUUCUUCCUCUACGCUAUGUCAACCGUGUACUACGAGCUCAACUCUCAGAUCAACGAAAGGAAAGAAGAAUUGGCGCUAUUCGCUCCUCUUGUAUGCACACGCCCAGCCGCAACGUCCCCCUCUACAGGGUUGACAUCCUUACCACCACAGUACCACGCCCUACGUCAAGUCCUGGAAUUAUCCCGCCACACAGCAGUAGCCCGCGUCCAAAACGGCGAAACGAAUGCAAAAGGCGUUGUCUUCAUCAACUGCGCACUAGCACGCAUCGACGCUUUGAUAGCCGGCACCGACCCUGAAGCAGCUGUGCUCGAAGCAGCGAAAUCAUCUACCCAAGAAAUGAGUAAGAUACUAGCAGCAGUAUACCGCGAAGAGCACGGCGAAGACAUCGACCUCAGUCCCUCCAGCAGCAGCUUCGCAGGUAGAGAGCAUGGUCGAGGCGAGGGCGCUGAUGACGUUACUGGGAAGCAUCUACCUACUGGCACCGGCCCCCAGAGCGGCUGCAGUGACAGUACAGGUUUCCCUUGUUUCGACGGCACGAUGGACGGACUGAGUAUGCUGAAUAACGAUCUGGGAGAUGUGAACAUGGGGUUGGACAUCGAUAUCAAUGCGUAUAUGCAGGGGUUACCCAUCGACUCGGGGGCUGGUUUUCACUUUGGAAGGAGUCCGGAGUGGUUCUAUGAUCUUGAUGGGUGGGCUGCAGGUGGUAGUUUCGGCAACCCUGGAUAUGGUGUUUAG